UCUGCAUCCGCCCUCUUCCCAUUUUUCUUCCUGUUUAUUCUCCCCGACUAGACAUUUACCCUUUCCCUACCACCUCUUUACCCCCCCUCUACCUUAAUACAUAAUCACAAUGGCUAAGACAAAGACAAAGGAGAGCAAGCCCAAGGUCGCUGAGCCUCUCAGCACCGUCAAGGCUGGAGGCAUCACCAAGCCUUCCAAAUCCUCCAAGUCCAAGUCCAAGGAGCUUGCUAAGGCUGCCGCCAAGAAGGUCACCAAGGAGAAAGACGCCAAGAAGAGCAAGAAGAAGGCCGAGCCCGAGUCUUCUUCCGAAUCUGAGUCUGAGAGCGAGUCUGAGGCUUCCGACUCCGAUUCCGACUCUUCUUCCUCUGAGGAGGAGAAGAAGGUUACUAAGAAGCCUGCCACCAAGGCUAAGGCCAAGGCCGCUGAGUCUUCUUCUGAGUCCGAGUCCGGUUCUGAUUCCGACUCCGAUAGCGAGUCUGAAGAGGAGAAGCCCAAGGCCAAGGCUACCAAGGUCAACGGCACUGCUAAGGCUGCCGCUCCCGCUAAGAAGGCUGAGUCUUCCGACUCUUCCGAGUCCGAGUCCGGCUCCGGCUCUGACUCCGACUCUGACUCCGAUGAUGAGAGCGAGGAGGAGAAGCCUGCUGCUAAGGCUGCUGAGAAGAAGGCCGAUUCUUCUGACGACUCCGACUCUGACGAUUCCGAGGAUGACUCCAAUGACAGUGACAGCAGCGACUCUGAUGAGGAGGCUGGCGCCAAGGUUGAGAAGACCGAGGAGGCUCCCUCCAAGAAGCGCAAGGCUGAGGAUGAUGGUGAUGCCGAUGCAAAGAAGACCAAGACCGACGAGCCCACUACUCUCUUCGCCGGCAGCCUGAGCUGGUCCAUUGACGACAACGCCCUUUACGAGGCUUUCAAGCAUAUUGAGGGUCUUGCCAACGCCCGUGUCAUGACUGAGAAGGGUACUGGUCGCAGCCGUGGCUUCGGUUAUGUCGACUUCAACGAUGCUGCCUCUUGCACCAAGGCCUACGAGACCAUGCAGGGUGUUGAGCUUGAGGGCCGUGCCAUCAACCUCGACUACGCCAACGCUCGUCCCGCUGAUGCCAACCCCCAGUCUCGCGCUGCCGAUCGUGCCCAGCGUCAUGGUGACACUGUCAGCCCCGAGAGCGAUACCCUCUUCGUCGGUAACCUUCCUUUCGAUGUCGACCAGGACAUCGUCCGAGAGUUCUUCAGCGACGUCGCUGAAGUUGCCAGCGUUCGCCUCCCUACCGAUCCGUAAGUAGCAAUGUCCACUUUGCCUCCGUGCUCCAGUUACUAACUCUCAACAGUGAUAGCGGUAACCUCAAGGGUUUCGGUUAUGUCAGCUUCAACUCGGUUGAGGAUGCCAAGCAGGUCUUCGAGGCCAAGAAUGGUGCCCCUAUCGGCAACGGACGUAUGUCCCGCAGCGUUCGCCUGGACUAUGCUAGCAGCAGGCCUCAACAGGGCGGCGGCGGCGGCGGCUUUGGUGGUGGUCGUGGAGGUGGUCGCGGUG